AUGGCGCCCAAGAGAGCCCGGGCCGUCGCGUCCGCCUCGACGUCCACCAAGAAGCCCAAGGCGGGCGACGACGGCGACGCGACCGGGCUCUGGCUGGUGAAGACCGAGCCUGACGAAUUUUCCCUCGACGACCUCCGCGCUUCCCCCGGAGGCGUCGCGCAGUGGGACGGCGUGCGCAACGCGCAGGCGAGAAACCUCAUGAAGACCAUGCGCGUCGGCGACCGCGCCUUUUUUUACCACUCAUCGUGCAAGGUCCCAGCCGUCGUGGGCGUUUGCGAGGUCGUGAAAACUGCGUACCCCGACCCCACCGCGCUGGAUCCAAAGGCGCCGGGCUUUGACCCAAAGUCGGACCCGACGAACCCGAAAUGGCUCUGCGUGGACGUCAAGUUCAUCCGGGCGAUGCGCAGGGAGGUGACGCUGAGUGAGCUGCGGCGGGAGGCGGCGGGAGACGGAGUCACGGGCGCGGACGGCGCGAAGGCCCUCGCGUCCAUGACGCUCUUACACCGCGCGAGGCUCUCGGUGCAGCCGGUGACUCGAGCCGAGUGGGAGCACGUGCUCCGCCUGGAGGAGGACGAGGCCCCAUAG